CCUGCCCUGGCAUCAGAGAACAACGUGGUCACUUUGAAUUUGAAAGCAAAGUUCUCCAAGACCCCCAAGGAAUGGACUCUCAUAAAGAAGGUCCAGAGACUAUUUACUUAACCCUGCUUUUACUUGGAGUUCUAGGGAACAUAUUUCUUCUUUACCUACAUAGCCCUAAAGUUUAUCACUGGUCAGAGAAAAAAAUACUCAUUAGAAUGAUAAUCAUCAACUUGGCUUUAGCUCAUAUCCUAAUGAUUAUUUUCAGAGGAAUCCCUGUAAUAAUAAGUGUAUGGGGGUGGAAAUCUUUCUUGGCUGACUUAGUUGGUAAAAUUUUAACUUACUUCAUAACAGUGACCCGUGGUGUGUCCCUUUGCAGCACUUGCCUACUGAGUGUCUUCCAGGCUAUCACCAUCAGUCCCAACUGUCCCAUGUGGGUAGAGGUCAAAAUUAGGGCCCCCAAAUGUAUUGGUGCCUGCUCCUUGUUCUGCUGGAUUUUCAAUAUUCUGAUACAUAUCAUUGUGGCUACAAAUAUAAAUGACGUGAGGAACAGCAGUAAAGAAGGAUGGAAGCUCGGGCACAACUCUUUUGACUUUCAUACCUCAAAUACUAUAAAAAUUCUAAUUUGGAAGUCAUUUUUUGAUGCUCUCUUCUUGAGUCUCAUGAUCUGCACCAGUGCCUAUAUGGUGUUUUUCCUGUACAGACACAAUAAGCGAAUCCAACAUAUUCAUAGCAUCAGCCUCUCCCAUAAAGCCUCCCCAGAGAUCAGAGCCACCAAAGCCAUCCUGAUGCUGGUGGUCACAUUUGUCUCCUUCAAUACAGCCAGUUCCCCUUUCAUCAUCUAUAUAGUAUCUACUGAGGCAAUGAGGCACUGGGGGAUACGUUUCACUGUUGCCCUAUCUCUGUUUUAUCCAAUAGUUAGUCCCUUUAUGCUGAUGCAAAUUGACACCCAGAGACCCAAAUCUUCAUGUGUUCUCUUAAAUUUGAAAAGGUGCUGA